AGUCCUUGAAAGCAAUUCCAAGUAUGUAGCUUUGCAUCCAUAGAAUAGAACUGUCCAAGUAGUCAUUACUAGAAAAAUACUUGGGUUUAAAAGCAUUCGCUUCACAUUUUCCUUGCAAUCAUCAGCCAUUAUGGAAACCCAAAUUGGAAAUCUCAGUCUCCUAUUUCUUCUCCUUCUUCUGGGCUCAAAUCUGAGCUCAGUUCUCUCAUGGAAGAAGGAAGAAUUCAGGACCUGCAACCAGACCCCAUUCUGCAAGCAAGCCCGGCAUCGCAGCCCUGGUUCAUGCGCCCUCGUUGCCCAUGAUGUCACCAUCGUCAAUGGUGAGCUCACAGCUAAGCUCCUUCCAAAGGAAAAUCACGAAAACCCAGAUCAAGAACAAUCCAAGCCAUUGAUUCUCAGUCUCUCCGUUUACCAGGACGGGAUCGUGCGGCUAAAGAUCGAUGAGGACCCCAAGCUAGAACCGCGAAAGAAGCGGUUUGAGGUCCCUGAUGUGAUUUUGCCUGAGCUUGAUGAUAAGAAGCUUUGGCUUCAGAAGCUUUCGACGGAGGAAGAUUCAUCGUUGUCUGUCGUUUAUUUAUCCGACGGCUACGAGGUCGUUCUUCGCCACGACCCGUUCGAAGUUUAUGUUCGGGAAAAAGAAGGUAAGCGUCGUGUAAUCUCUAUUAAUUCCCAUGGUUUGUUUGAUUUUGAGCAAUUGAAGGUGAAGAAAGAAGGUGAAGAAUGGGAAGAGAGGUUUAAAGGACAUACUGAUACGAGGCCUUAUGGCUCUCAAUCUAUUAGCUUUGACGUGUCGUUUUAUGAUGCUGAUUUUGUUUAUGGGAUUCCUGAACAUGCCACAAGCCUUGCUCUUAAGCCCACCAGAGGACCUGGGAUUGAGGAAUCUGAACCUUAUAGAUUGUUUAAUUUGGAUGUCUUUGAGUACGUUCAUGAAUCCCCAUUUGGGCUUUAUGGAUCAAUACCCUUCAUGAUUUCCCAUGGGAAAUCUCGUGGGACUUCUGGGUUUUUCUGGUUGAACUCAGCUGAAAUGCAGAUUGAUGUUCUUGGGUCUGGAUGGGAUGCAGAGUCUGGAAUUUCUCUGCCUUCGUCUCAGGGUAGGAUUGAUACAUUUUGGAUGAGCGAAGCAGGCAUUGUUGACACAUUCUUUUUCGUUGGUCCGGGUCCUAAAGAUGUUGUAAGGCAGUAUACCAGUGUGACUGGCCGGCCAUCGAUGCCACAGCUUUUUGCUACUGCUUAUCAUCAGUGUAGGUGGAAUUAUAGAGACGAGGAGGAUGUUGAGAAUGUGGACUCCAAGUUUGACGAGCAUGAUAUUCCUUAUGAUGUGUUGUGGCUUGAUAUCGAGCAUACUGAUGGGAAGAGGUACCUCACAUGGGAUACAACUCUUUUUCCACAUCCAGAAGAGAUGCAGAAGAAGUUGGCUGCCAAGGGUAGGCACAUGGUAACUAUCGUUGAUCCUCAUAUUAAGCGAGAUGACUCUUAUUUUUUGCACAAGGAAGCAUCUCAGAAGGGUUAUUAUGUUAAGGAUGCUACUGGCAAUGAUUAUGAUGGGUGGUGUUGGCCUGGUUCGUCUUCUUACUUGGAUGUGGUGAAUCCUGAGAUUAGAUCUUGGUGGGCUGAGAGGUUCUCUACUGAAGUUUAUGUUGGUUCCACACCUUCCUUGUAUAUCUGGAACGACAUGAAUGAGCCUUCUGUUUUCAAUGGUCCAGAGGUUACGAUGCCUAGAGAUGCUUUACACCAAGGGGGUGUUGAGCACCGGGAGGUGCAUAAUGCUUAUGGAUACUACUUUCACAUGGCUACAUCUGAUGGGCUUGUAAAGCGAGGUGAUGGUAGCGACAGACCUUUUGUGUUGUCCAGGGCAUUUUUUGCUGGUAGCCAAAGGUAUGGUGCAGUUUGGACCGGAGACAAUACAGCCGAUUGGGAUCACCUUAGGGUUUCAGUUCCUAUGAUUUUGACUCUUGGUCUUACAGGAUUGUCAUUCUCAGGUGCUGAUGUUGGUGGAUUCUUUGGCAAUCCUGAGCCCGAAUUAUUAGUUCGUUGGUAUCAAAUAGGUGCUUACUAUCCUUUCUUCAGAGCACAUGCUCAUCAUGACACAAAAAGACGAGAACCUUGGUUGUUUGGAGAAAGAAGAACAGAGCUUAUAAGGGAGGCUGUACAAAUGCGCUACAUGUUGCUUCCAUAUUUUUACACUUUAUUUAGGGAGGCGAACACGAGUGGCAUUCCAGUUGCUCGUCCUUUAUGGAUGGAGUUUCCUUCUGAUGAAGCUACUUUUAGCAACGAUGAAGCGUUUAUGGUUGGAAACAGUCUUUUGGUACAAGGCAUUUACACAGAGAGAGCAAAGCAUACAUCUGUUUAUUUGCCUGGGAAAGAAUCUUGGUAUGAUUUGAGAACUGGAGCUGUAUACAAGGGAGGUGUGACUCAUAAGCUUGACGUUUCUGAAGAGAGUGUUCCUGCAUUCCAGAAAGCAGGAACAAUCAUUCCACGGAAGGACAGGUUGCGACGAAGCUCUACUCAGAUGAUAAACGAUCCAUACACUCUGGUAAUUGCUCUUAAUAGUUCCCAAAAGGCUGAAGGAGAGCUCUAUAUCGACGAUGGCAAAAGCUUUUCAUUUGAAAACGGUGCUUACAUCCACCGUCGCUUUGUUUUCUCAAACGGCAAGCUUACAUCUCACAAUGUGGCAUCUGCUCCUGGCGGAGCACAAUUUUCUUCUGAAUGUGUUAUUGAGAGGAUCAUAUUGUUGGGACACUCUGCUAGACCGAAAAAUGCCAUCAUCGAACCAGAAGAUAGGAACGUAGAAGUUGAAAUGGGACCGAUACUCCUUAAAUCAAAGGAAAGCUCAAGUUUCAUCACAAUCCGCAAACCUAAUGUACCGGUUGCCAGUGAUUGGACAAUAAAAUUUUUGUAGAAAUUUACGAUGCCCCCCAUCCCACCAUAUUAACUUUGAUCUAGUAAUUUGAUAGGGUCUUAAUGUUGACGGAAGAAGAGCCUUGCUUACAUAAUUAGUUUUAGAGACAGAAUGACCUCUUCCAGAUGCAAUUUUACCUUUAUAUGCUUUAGACUUCAGCCAGCAUGAUAUAUAUUUAUAUAUUUUCUCUGUGCGGAUUUUGACAUUGGUCUCAUUGUUUUGGUUUUUCUGACUUUUAUCUUUCAAUACUGAUUGCUAUUGCUUGAA